UUAAUUAGUUGUGAAGAGUAGGUGAAUUAUGUUCUAUAUAAGAGGGACAUGGUGGGAAUACUCUUCAUCAUCACCAUCUUUGUCUCUUCAUUUUUUUCCUUCUAGUGCUUCUUUGAUCAUCAUGACACUUGCUGGUAAAAUCACCACUGAAAUUGGUGUUCAUGCAACUGCUGCAAAGUGGUUUAACCUCUUUGCAAAGCAACUCCAUCAUGUUCAAAACCUUACUGAUAGAGUCCAUGGAACCAAGCUGCAUCGUGGUCAAGACUGGCACCACACUGAGUCCAUCAAACACUGGACUUAUACCAUAGAUGGUAAGGUUACAACAUGUCAGGAGAGUAUUGAAUCUAUUGAUGAAGCAAACAAAACAAUCACCUACAAACUUUUCAAUGGAGACAUCGAUAAGCAGUUCAAGCUCUUCAAGUUCAUAUUUCAAGCAAUCGAUAAGAACAGUGGCGGCGCUAUUAUCAAAUGGACCAUUGAGUAUGAGAGGGUCAGUGAGGAAGUUGAUCCUCCUUAUGGCUAUGUCGAGUACCUGCACAAAUGCACUGGAGACAUUGAUGCUCAUCUUCUCAAGGCAUAGUUCCAAAAUGUUAUGCACAAAAUUAAAAAAAUUAAAAAAAAUAAUAAGAAUAGCCUUAGCCUUAGGUUAAGUGCUUAUCUGUAAAAUAAUAUAUAUCUGUGUGGAGUUUGACAAAGGAUGGUUAUGUUAUGUAGAACCUUCCUUUGUGUGGAAUAAACUUGGAUAUGCAUGUGGGUCAUGUCUUGAA